CAUGUAUUUAAGUGUUUUCUAAAUGUUUCUCAUCUUAUCAAAAAGUUCGUCUUUACUCCAGGAUUAUAAAGGAUUCUGGUUCUGGUGCCACUUCCAUCAAUAUCAUAUUCAAAUGUAACUUACUGUUAUUAUUUUGUUCAUUUUUUAAAUUUGUAUUUGACAAUUUCCCCAAUUGAAUUAUCCCAAAUUUAAAUUUUACAUUUGUUUAAUUCCUUUGGUCAUUUUUCUUUUUAUCUUCUGUUAUUUGAAGAUGACACUAUUCUACUACGUUCCGUGAACUUUAACCUCACAUACUCUGUACAGAUGAAUGCUUUAAUUUCAGUGUUUCUAUGUGUUCAACUGUGACGUUUUUACGGUACAAUGAAACCAAGAACUCUUCCAGUCAUCCGAGUGUUACAGAGGAAUAAUCAAUCCCAACCUCAACAAAAAGCAGUCAAACAUUGCACAAAAACUAACGACAGGGGGCAGUAUAGCUAUAUUACUAUUUUUACUAGUUAGACUGAAGGCUAUCGUCGUUCAAAAACAAGUUAACAUCACCCUCUGCUGGUUAACUAAUGUCAUGUAACAGACUUGAACCACCUUGUUUUAAUUGUGCCUGAGUUUGUCACAUGAUUCCUCUUCUUUUUCCCUUCUCUCCUUUCCUUUUUUCUUUUAUUAUUAUUAUUAUUAUUAGUUUGAUGUUUAGUUGUUAACUUGAUGUUGAAUCAAUGUUUAUAUGUAAAAUGACUAUUCUUUAAUCCCAUAGUGACAGUAUAUACACAUCUAUAGAUAGAUAGACAGACAGAUAGAUAGAUUAUUCUAAGAUAGAACAUUCUUAGAAGUACUAGUUUUUCGGCUGCAGCAGAGGAUAUGAGCUUCACUUUCAGACCUGUUUCCUGCAGCCUCCACAACCUCCACCUCUUCCUCAAACUCCACCUCCUGCUGAGUUCCAGCUUUUGGGUGCCAGCUCACAGACAGAGAUGAGACUGAUGCUGAGAGUCAGUGAAGCUCAGGUUUCUGACAGAUAUAAAAAGUUGAUUCCAGGUUUUUGAGAGUCCACCCACUUUCCCAUGUUCUGAGCUGCAGCAGCCUUUGUUCUGGAUAAAGAGCUACUUUAUCUUCUCCAUCUGCAGCGGUCACAGCACACUGACAUCUGCCCUCACCUUUCAGACCAAACACACGCUGAUCUUUCCCCAAAAUCCAGGUCGAAGACAGACGGGGAUCAGAACAAAGGCGUUUGGAGAGACAGAGAUGAAGAACAGAUUGAAGUGAGCAGAGUUUAAAAGCAGCUUCUGAGAGACGGUGCCUGGAGCAGUCGCAGGUUUGGAGAAGCAGCAGGAAACUUUUGAUUCUCUCCUACCUUCAACCUAGACCUGAGGCAGGGGUUUGAUGAGAGAUGACAGAAGUGGGAGCAGUCAUGAACGGACCCAGCUGGAUCCUGGUUCUCCUGACACUGAUGAAGAGUGACCUGGUUCCAGUCUCCUCUCAGUUUGGUGGAUACAACUGUGAUCCACAGCUGCACAGCAGGUUCCCUGGAGAACGUGACCUGAGUGUGUACUGUGGAGUCCAGACCAUGACCCUGAAGAUCAACUUCUGUCCAGUUCUCUUCUCUGGAUUCGCUGCAGCAGACCUGGCCCUGAACAGUCACCACACUGACACCCGGUGUCGAGGGUUCAUCAACAACAGCAGCUUUCCUACAGCCCUGAUCUUCAGCAUCAGCCUGAGCUCCAUGGAGAGCUGUGGGAACCAGCUGCAGGUCAGUACUGCUUACAGUACCAGCUCCUACAAAAACAUGUCCCUGGUCCAGCUGGGCAAGGUGUCGGGUUUCAUCGACACCCCAGACCCUUCUGACAUCAUCAGUUACCAGCCCAGUUUGUUGUUCCAGUUCAGCUGCAGUUACCCGCUCCAGUACCUGGUUAACAGCUCUCAGCUGGCGUCCUCGUCAGCUGCAGUUUAUGUCAAAGACAGUAACGGAACCUUUGUGAGCACGCUCAGUCUGGUCCUGUACAACGACUCCUGGUUCUACCAGCCUCUCUCUGCCCCCCCCUCCGGUCUCCCUCUGAAGACUAGGGUCUUUGCUGCUGUCAAAGCCACAAACUUAGACAAAAGGUGGAGCAUCCUGAUGGAGUACUGUUACACCACACCCUCAGGGAAUCCUAACGACAAACUCCGCUACGACCUGUUCCUGGGUUGCCACAAAGACCCUCAAACCACAGUCCUGGAGAACGGGAAGAGUCAGAUGGGGCGUUUCUCCUUCGAGGUUUUCAGAUUCGUCAAACACAGGCACCAGAAAAUGUCCACGGUGUUUUUACACUGUGUCACAAAACUGUGCCGCGCCGACGACUGCAGCCUGCUGAUGCCCAUUUGUGGGGGGAGGCGAAGGCGCAACAGAAAUCAGAGUCAGGAAUCGUCCUCAGCACCUGGAUCUGGGAACGCUGUCAUCACUGCUGGACCAAUCAACACCAGGAAUGAUGAAUCCCCUGUUAACAACUCUAAGAUAGUGCCCUUUGGCUCGGCCUUCACUCUGAACCCUGUGACCUGCGCUCUGACCUCAGCUGUGGUGAUUCUGGGUGGAGCCAGCAUGGCCUUCUGUCUGCUGUCGCUCCACCUCCUUCAACAUCCUCGCCUCCCAGCGUCCUCGGAUGUUUGGAACGUCUUUAAGUGAAUGUCUGUCCACCUGCAGACGCCAAGUCAAUGACAAACAGUUACUGCAGUGAACUAGAGCCAUGUUAGUGUCACAGGUUCAUGAAAACAUGAAAAUGAAAGGUGACCUGACCUUUGGUUUAGAUCAUGUUAGAACAGGACCAUGGACUCUGAUGUCCAGAAGUUUUAGGCAGGUGUCUACAUUCACACUCUCUUCUUUUUCAUCCUUUUUAAAAAAGUAUUCAAAGCUAAUGUGGGAAACCAGGAUGUCAUUCUCACCAACAUUUAAAAACAUUAGGGUUGUGGACCGUAUCCUGUUGUGAUGGAGGAUGAGAAUCUUCUGGUCCUCUGCAUCAGUACAGUAAAUGUACACACCUACCUACUACUAUUCCACUGUAUUACCAUCACAAUUAAAUAUCUAAAUGACUAUUGGCUCCCAUGUUGUAAGAGCCUCAUCUCUUAUUGGUCUCAUUAAAUCAAACCAAUAAUAAUUGGUUUUUAAUUAUAAGUUGGUUGUUAUCUUCUUCAGCAUCAGUGAGUCCGAUUUUCUCUCUACUCCGUUCAGACUGAUGAGGAUGAUGGGUAGGAAUAAAU